CAAAACAGGUUCCGGCGUGUGUUCGUCCUCAUCUCUCUCCCGGCCUGCUCCCCGCAGCGGGGCAGUGCCCUGAAGGUGCUGCAGUGACCCUUACGGUGCUGUAAGACACCUGCAUUCCUGUCGCUAGUCCCAAAGUUGCUCUGCUUUCAGCAGGACCUCGCAGAGGCUCGGGGAUGCGCUUUGAUUACCGUCCAAAAACCGAUCCUUACUGCCAAGCUCGGUACACCUUCUGUCCCACUGGCUCUGCCAUUCCAGUUAUGAAAGAAGAGGAUGUCAUUGAAGUGUAUCGAUUACAGGCUCCAGUAUGGGAAUUCAAGUAUGGAGACCUACUAGGACACUUGAAAAUUAUGCAUGAUGCUGUGGGUUUCAGGAGCUCUCUAACGGGCAAAAACUACACAAUGGAGUGGUAUGAGCUCUUCCAACUUGGGAACUGCACAUUUCCACAUCUGCGGCCUGGCAUCGAUGCACCGUUCUGGUGUAACCAGGGAGCUGCCUGCUUUUAUGAAGGAAUAGACGAUGCACACUGGAAGGAAAAUGGAACUUUAGUUCUCGUGACCACAAUAUCAGGAACCAUGUUUAAUAAAAUGGCGGAAUGGGUAAAAUAUGACAAUGAGACGGGCAUUUACUACGAGACCUGGACAGUUCGAGCGAGUCCUGACAAACAGUCAACAGUAUGGUUUGACUCUUAUGAGUGCUCGAAGUUUAUACUGAGAACCUACCAGAAGCUGGCUGACUUAGGAGCUGUAUUUAAGAAGAUACAAACAAACUAUACCAGCAUAAUUUUAUUCAGUGGAGAACCUAUUUAUUUGGGAAAUGAAACAUCUAUUUUUGGACCACUGGGAAACAAGACAUUGGCAGCAUCUAUAAGAGACUUUUACAAUCCAUUUAAACCUCAUCAGACAGUCAAAGAGUUUUUUGUGGAUCUUUUAAGAAUAAUUGAUCGUGUCAUCUUGAAUCAUCAGUUUUACCUCUUCUACAACUUGGAAUACUGGUUUUUACCUAUGAAGUUUCCUUAUCUCAAAAUAAUUUAUGAAGAGGUCCCUUUACCUGUUGGAAGCAAAGAGUCCUUUGGUGUAUAGCUGUUUGCUGAAGAACCAAACUUGCCCUUAUGUCAGAUUUGGAACAUUACCAUGAUGGUGUUAAAGGGUCAUAUGUUUCACUGCUAACUGUAAAAGUCGUGUUGGGAAGGCUUUGCUAGACCACAUGAAAGACUAUGCAUUUUUUUUGCUAUUACCUGUAUAACACAUGAAUGCUUCAGCAUCUAUGACUUGGUCAGCUUCUGUGUAACCAUGGCCACCUGCUGAGGCUCCUCUGGCUGAGCUCGGCAGUGACAGAGGGGGAGUGGGGAGGCAGCAGCCUGCUCUGCUCUCAGGUGCUCUCCACAUGCACGACCAUGCCGUAGCAGGUAGCGCCUGACCACCUACACAGGUGGGACACAGCAUUACAAGGACUAAAUUGGCUCAUCUGUGUCUUGGAACUAAAAAACCUGAGUGUCUUCAUGUGUCCAGUUCCUUCAACACGUGCCUUAGAUUGGUGGUUCUGUAGUUCUUUGGUUUGUAAACUGGGACCUAUGAACUGUUCAGUGUUCAGCAGGGUGGGGAGGAGGGGCAGUGAAUCUGCUAGAAGAUGGCAUGGGUGGUAUCUUUUAACCACUGUAAACACAAUACAGAUGGCUCUUCCUCAGCUUUGUGUGUUCUGUAGCACAGAUGAAAACCAAAGUGCAAGUGCCUCUUUUGAUGCCGACAUUGAUGCAUAACUGCAGCGUUCCAGCAGUCUCCUGCCUUAAAGCCCACUUGAAGCUUCAGUUACGUCAGUGUCAUAGAACUCAUGGGUUGUAUUCCUUUCAGAUUUCUUUAACAAACAUAGAACCCGUAAUAUGAAAGAAGCCGCGACAGUUUGGGGGGGUGUAAUGUUGGAGUUAAAAAUCU